AUCAAUCCGCACUAAACGCCGUUCCACAUACGAGCAAUAUGAUUAUUUGACAUCCAAAGCUUCUAAAGACGUUUCCAAAAGUCAAUAAGGGGUGUGAAGACAAGUUUUCAGAUUGGAUCUCUGUGGAGAAGGUCAUAUUUACACAAGCGAGAUGGCAAACACGAUGUUUAUCAACUGUACGGUUGUCGAUGAUGCCACAGUCCAAUGCAAUGGAACUGAUUACCUGUUACCCGAGGCACCCCUUGGACCCGAUGAACCUCAGUUCUGGAUCUACAUAGGGGUCUACAUUGCACUGAUGCUCUUUGCCGGUUUGAUGGCUGGGUUGACCCUUGGUCUUUUGUCUCUGGACAUCACUACUUUACAAGUUCUCUCGACGGCCGGCACCCCGAGCGAGCAGGUCUAUGCCACUCGUAUCCUUCCACUGGUCAAGAACUCCCAUCUCCUUCUCGUCACUCUCAUCCUUGCCAACGCCGCGGCCGUCGAGUCUAUGCCCAUCUUUCUCGAUCACCUCACCAACCCGAUCAUCGCCGUCGUCGUAUCCGUAACGGCGGUUCUCAUUUUCGGAGAAGUACUGCCGCAGUCUAUAUGCUCAAAAUAUGGAUUGGCUAUUGGAGCAAAUAUGGCAUGGUUUGUGUAUAUCCUCAUUGCCCUAACCUUUGUUAUUUCGUGGCCAAUCGCCAAAUUGCUGACUCUACUUCUAGGAGAAGGAACGGGGACCUUCUACCGGAGAUCAGAAUUGAAAGCACUAGUUGAUAUCCAGGCUACCUCCCCCGACGCCGCGGCAGAGGAUAGCGCCCUAACACAGGACGAAGUGCUGAUCAUCAAGGGUGCUCUAGAUGCCGAGGGCAAGGUUGCUAGGGACGCUAUGAUACCUCUUGAUAAGACCUUCAUGUUGGACUACUAUGGUUUACUUGAUAGGAAGAUCAUGGAGCAGCUCAUGGCAAACGGAUACUCGCACGUUCCCGUCUACAAAGACGACCGUAAGAACAUCCAAGGGGAGUUUGUGGUCAAGAACCUUAUCAUCCUCGAUCCAGAUGAUAAUGAACCCAUCGCAGCAUCUCUAGAUAAAUACGGACGCCCCCUCCACUCCAUAGCGGCUACCAAGCCCCUGUAUAACAUUCUUGACGAGAUGAUGGAUGGGAAAUAUCGCAUGGCGGCGAUCUACGACACCCCGGCCGUCUUGCCGACCAUAGACGAGGCUGACGGUAACGCUCCAAGUACGCCAACGCUGCCAACUACAACGUCACAUCCUGGAAUGGACAUUAUCGGCUUCAUCACGCUGUGGAACGUCCUAGAGGUCGUUCUGGGUGAGCCAAUCAUAUCAUCCGAUGACGUCUACGCCAGUGUACGCCAGAAAGUCCAGAUGGGUAAAGUUAAACUGGUCCGGUCACACAGCAUGAUGCCGGCUACCACGGCAAGCAACACAGGCUCCAUCAACUCACCUCCACCUCCUCUAACGCCCCAGCCGAAUAGUGCAGAAAAUACACCACUUCUGUCUUCAGGAAACAUGGUCUGAUACGGGAGAACGGUCACUUCUCAAUAAUGGACUACCAGGGGGCCGUUUCAUAAAGCUGUUCGUAAGUUAAGAGCGAAUUUAAGAACGACUGAUGAACCUUUCUUGCGCGCUAAACCAUCGCCAAAGGUGUGUAACAUCAUGGACCUACUCCCCGGCCUACUCCAUGGUAACAUUUACCAAAAGAAAGGAUCACCAGCCGUUCUUAAAGUCGCUCUUAUCUUACAAACAGCUUUAUGAAUCACACACCAGUACUAAUCGUGUCGAACAUAGUAGAAUGACAUUACUCGGGUAUUAAUGGCUAGACCCAUUUCUAAAUGCUACGACUCGUGAUAAGCCGGGGCUAUAUGUUGCACGGUAUGAUUGAUAUCAUAGGGACAUUACGGUUUUUUGGACGGGAACAUUCCCGAGAACGCUGAAUACUGCUAGUAUCAAAUGGAACAGAACUGAUCAACAACGUGCAGGCAGAUCUGCAUGCACUUCAUACAUUACUUGUAUGUGCACGCUGACUGAGGCUGAGUGAAGCAUUUAGCGUUCUUGCCUUUGGAACGCUUCCGUCCUUUAGCGUAAAGUCUGUAACUAGAUCGUAGAGGAGAUAUAAAAGAGAUUAAUGAACGUAAUAUUUUAUGUGUUGAAUGUCAUUUUAUAUCAUAUUUAACGUAGUUGAAUGAACCAAGGCUUCCAAUGUACCCACAGACAUACAAACUAAAAGUCAUCGGAUAUAUACAUGUACAAGGUAUGGAUAUUUGUUUUGGGUUGUUGCAUUAGAACAUGUAUAUACGCCUUGUUAAAUGGUUAACUAAUGGUAACUAGAAGUAACUGAUGAAUAUGGUUUGAUUUGGGUGAUUAGGAUUUUAUAUUUUUUCUUUAAAUUUGAUAAUGAACUAGAAAACAAAUAUUGUGAGAGUAUUUUUCUGGUAGUAAUUGAGAGUUCUCUCUUUUUUAACCAAUCACUUUGUUGCUGAUGAAUCUCUUGAAGAAUAACUUCGGUCAUCAAUAACAAAUCGUGAGUAUCAUGAUUUUAAUUUCAAGUGAGAAUUCUAAAAUUUAAAUGAGAUUACGCCCAUAAGUGAACAGGGAGAUGGUACAGGAAACAUUAUGUGACUUCAUUAUCUUUUCAAGAUUCAUCAAUUAAUCACAACGAUAUGUCAUAAAAUGUAAAAUCCCGUCAGAAUAACGUACUUAAUAAUUUCGGUGAGUUUAUUGUGGGAAAAUAUGGUUUGGAGUUACAUUUUGAGAUUUACGGGGAUAAUUGAUAUUUUCAUAAAUUCAUAGACACACUCCCGUGCUUGAACAUGAAGUUAAUCGUAUUGUCUUGCUAUUUAUAUGUACAAUAAAUUGAUUCUUUGUUAAAAACAAUUGCCAAAAUGUGUGCAUGCACACACAUUUAAUUUCCUUGGUUCACCUACCAUGCCAAAAUAAACGUGAACGCAAAACGUUUCAAUAAAGGACUGAUUGAGAUGUCCUCGCUCUCUAGAUCUAUGUUUGACUAAAGGUCGAGUGAAAGAAUUCCGACUGUUUGCAUAACGUGUUUGUACUUUAGAGGUAAAGCUAGUCCUUUCGGCUAGUAAG